AUGGACGACCAAACUUUAAUGCAGCAUUUGGCAAAUACCUUGUCAUCUGACAACCAAUUGAGAAAACAAUCAGAGACAAUAUUGUUAUCGAAUAAUUCGCAGGUAACACGGCAAAUUUUGACCCUACUACUUUCCAAUGAUAAAAUUACGAUUCAGCUACAAUUAGUUGCAUUAACGUUGAUUAAAAAUAGAAUAGCUAAUGAUUGGAGUUCUUCCUCUACUAGUGAUGAACUAAAGCAGGAUGUUAAGGAGAAGAUUGUUAAAUAUAUUGUUAAUAUUAGCAAUCCAUUCUCUGCCAACAGCCAGCUUCUUAUUAGAAUGUCUCUGAAAAUUAUAGAUUUGAUUCUGCUGCAUACUAAAAGUGAAUUUCAGUUUGAGCUACUCAACUUUGCCAAUGACUUACUGACCAGUAAAGCUGAGUCGGUUUCUGAUUUUUACCUCUGUACUUCAAUAAUUCGCCAAGUUGCUAGACUGAAUAGACACUUGAAUGAUUACGACUUGAUCAAUGAAAUUGCAAGCAAUUUUUUCCCAUACUUCCAAAAUUUUUUGAACAACUAUAAAGAGCAAUUAAAAGACAAUAAUAUUGAUUUAAAUAAGGAGUUUAUCUGUUAUGAAAUUCUGAAGAUCCUCAAUUACUGCACGACAACGAGGAUCUGUGAAUACCAUCAAAAAUCCAAUAACUUAGAGAAUUUGUGUUCCACUUUGAAUGAGCUGUUUUAUUUGUUUUUGACGACUACCGGUAGCUUUAGAAAUAUGAAAUGGAUUUUGAGGUUUAUGAUCAAGCUUCAGAUCAGAAGUGCACAAAUAAAAGACAGUUCAAUCUAUGUCCCUACCUUUAUUUCCAUUCUUCAAGAUUCUGUAAUACCAUACAAUGUGACUAAAAUUCUAGAGUACACAAAUAAAGACACUGUUGCAUUGGAGAAAUUUGUCCUUAUUGAUAAGGAAAAUGAUGACAGUUCUUCCAAGGAACGGGCGCUCUAUUAUUUCUUGAUAUUUCUUACCAAAUCUGUUACUCCAACUACAUAUUGCUAUAUUGAACCUUACAUGAAUUCUAUAAUAUCUAACGUUAUUGUUAAACUUUUAUCCAUAGAUGAAUACCAAAUCGAAGAUUUUGAAGAAAACCCAAAUGAGUUUAUCAAUUCAAGAAUCACUGCUCAUGCUUUGUACUCAAAUAAUAUAUUGGCAAGAGAUGUAUUCAACUCGGAUCUUGAAUCUGCAGGCUCCAUAUUUAUAACAAAACUUAUCAGGGCGAAUGCAGAAAUUGUUAACCCCUUAAUUUCUUUAUGUGAACAGAUACUGAAUAGUGAUGACAAAAAGUCGAUAGUAUGUGCUUUGAAUCUUUUAAAACUUACUUAUUCAUAUAUGAGUUCUCAGAAUUUGGAAUUGAUUGUCACAAGAAUAAUUGCCAUUGCGAGUAGGACGUCAGGAGACGACUUAUGGUUACGCUGUCUUAUUUUCGAUUUUUUUUCCAAUAUUAACAACGAGGAUGUCCAGGUUGAUCUAAAUUCACUUCCAGUUUCAUUAGACUUAAAACAACCAUUACCUCUUCUUAUUGCUAGUUUGAAGUUAGUGAUUAUUAAAUCCAACUGUCAAAUGGCCGAUCCUGUUCAGGUAAUGCAGAUACUUCUGAGUGUUAGUGAAUCUGAAAAUCUGGAAAUUACCAAUGAUUUAAUUGAUGUUUUGGUGGAGAAAUACCCAGAUCAAUUGGUCCCAUAUAGCACCGAGCUUGUUACAAAUCUAUCAACUUCAUUCAUGAAGACUUUAGAGGAUAGUUAUAAUGAAGAAAAUGAUAAAGAGAACAUUUUGCUUGGAAUAUUGAACAAUAUCUUGACCAUAGUUAUGUCAACUAAUGACAAAAAUACGAUAUUGAAAUUGAAUGAUAUUCUCUCUCCUAUAAUAUCGUCGAUUAUGGAUAAUGCACUCCUAGACUUCCUUGAGUUGACUAUAGAACUAGUGGAGGAGUUGACCAACAGGUCAGAAAAUGUUUCCCAUUUGGAUGAAGUCAUCAACAGCUUUAAGAACUUUGGAUUUGACUAUUAUGAAUACUAUGAAUCUUAUUUUGUGUCUUGUUAUUGCUAUGGGAAUUUAGAAGAGAGAUCUAGCGUCACCAAUCUAAUAAAGUGGAUUUUAUCUGAAAAUCCAUAUGGAUACGAAAGUGAUGACUCUGAAUUUAUCAGUUUUCUUUCCAAUAUUGUUGUUGAGAUGGUACUUUCGUGUAGUGAGAAUGAGAAUGAUGGUGGAUUAAGCGACGAAGUGUUUAAUAAAAUAUUACAGAUGAUCUACAACUCUGCUGAAGAUAAGCAAGAGUUCUGGGAAUCAAAAACAACCUUCCGCUGUAUAAUGAGUGGAUUCUACAGAAAACCAAUGAUCAUUAUGGAAUUGUUUGGCGAUAAUGUUCACGAAAUAUUGGCUAGAUUUGAAAGAUUGAUUGAUGAAUCAGUAUGGUGUACAGUCUACGAUUUAAAAGUUGGUAUUUUAGGUUUAUUACAAAUUGUGAAGGGUAGUCAAGAAUAUCAAUCAAUCAGAGCACAAUCGAUGAACUUACUAACAAAACUCUGCGAUAGGGUAAAUGACGCAAUUGAUCAUCGAGAUCAGCUAAUAAAGUACUCUUUUGAUGAGAACAAAGAUAGCUUGGAGGACACGAAUAAUUUUGUCCCCGAUGAAGAGUUUGACGAACUUUCCAAGGUCACUGUUUUAAACAAGGUUGACGUAUUUGGCGAUCUCAAAGUUUUUUUGGAAAACGAGAUUUAG